AUGUCGGCAGACGAAGAAAACGUUCCAACGACGGUUGAAUCAGGAGAUGCUGAUGCAGCGGUAAAGACGCCGGCGAAGGAGAAAAAACCGGCGGCGAAAAGUGCUAAAGCGAAGAAGACGAAAGAAGUUAAGGCGAAGAAGCCUGUAACUAAGGCUCCAAGGAAGAAAACUACUUCAUCUCACCCUCCCUACGAAGAGAUGAUUAAAGACGCAAUCGUGACGUUGAAGGAGAGAACUGGAUCUAGUCAAUACGCGAUUCAGAAAUUCAUCGAGGAGAAGCAGAAAUCGCUUCCUCCUACUUUUAGGAAGCUUUUGCUUGUCAAUCUCAAGAGGCUUGUUGCUUCUGGGAAAUUGGUUAAAGUCAAAGCCUCUUUCAAACUUCCUUCUGCUAAAUCCGCCGCACCGAAACCACCGGCGGCUCCUGCUCCGGCUCCGGCCAAGAAGAAACCAGCAGCUACCGUUAAACCUAAGGCUAAAGCUCCGGCUCCUGCUAAAGCUAAAGCCAAAGCAACCAAGAAAACUACUGCUGCUGCUAAGCCCAAAGCAACAACAACAACAAGUGUUGCUCGUAAGGCUAAAGUUACUGCUAAACCUAAAUCAAAGACCGUCGCUGCUGUUUCCAAGGUUAAAGCUGUUGCUGCUAAGCCAAAGGCUAAGGAGAGACCAGCUAAAGCAUCAAGGACUUCGACCAGAACAUCUCCAGGGAAGAAGGCUGCUCCUGCUAAGAAAGCUGCUGCGACUAAGAAGGCUCCGGCUAAGAGCGUGAAGGCGAAGACGGUGAAAUCUCCGGCUAAAAGGACAUCGACUAGGAAGGUUAAGAAGUGA